UACGGUAACUCAAAAAUAUCCAAAACCAGAACGGAACGGAAGGACUUCUCUGGAAUUGAAUCGGGUGUCCAAAAACCCAAACACAAAAUCCUUCUCGAUUCUUCUUCCUUCUCGUCUCUCUCUACAGACCCAAACACUUCCUUCCUUCGCCACAUCUGUCCAUGGCAGAGAUUAUACUGCACCAGUGUACGCAUAUAUAAAUAGUUAAUUAGUUUCCUAAAUCACUAAACCUAGACGCUUGAACUGCGCAUUUGACCAGUAUAUCACUAUUCUAAACCUUCUCUGGUCUCUAACAAAGCGACCCCAAUUCUUGCAUUUCUUUCGGGUUCGGUACAAUGUCUGGGUCGGGUGGGGUUUCGAUCGCUCGCAGCAGUCUUGGGGAGGAUCGGUUCUACAAUCCGCCGGCGAUACGGAGGCAGAAGCAACAGCAACUGUUGAUGGCGCAAAAGAAUCAGCCGUCAAUUACGACGAAGAAUCGUCCGGUGGAGUCGGAGAAGAGGGCGGAGUGCGGUGAAUCCGCAUCUUCAUCGUCGAGGACGUUGGAUUCUGGCGAUUCGACGAAUUUGGAUCGGUUCUUGAAGUACACGACUCCUGAGGUUCCUGUGCAGUAUCUACCUAAGACAAGCAUGAGGGGAUGGAGAACUCAUGAAACAGAGUGCUACCCAUAUUUUGUACUUGGGGAUCUAUGGGAGUUCUUUAAGGAGUGGAGUGCAUACGGAGCUGGUGUUCCUCUUGUGUUGAACGGGAGUGACUCUGUCGUCCAAUACUAUGUCCCUUACUUGUCUGGCAUACAGCUGUAUAUAGAUCCAUCAAGACCUUGCCCAAACCUAAGGAGACCUCGAGAAGAAUGUGAUACUGAGUCAUCCAGGGAAACAAGUAGUGAUGGUAGUAGUGACUAUGGAGCAGAGAGUGGAGCCAGCAAUCUUGUUCAGAGAACUUGGAACCGUCAGAACUCUGUGGACACUAACAUCCAGAGUCUGAGCAGACUCUCUCCGAGGAAUAAGGCAUCAAAGGAUUCAUCAAGUGAUGAAUGUGAGACUUCCAAACCUCAAGGUCGCCUUAUGUUUGAAUACUUGGAGCAUGAUCCUCCAUUUACACGUGAGCCUUUGGCUGACAAGAUUUCGGCUCUCGCAUUUCAGUUUCCAGAACUGCGGACAUAUAUGAGCUGCGAUCUCUCGCCAUCAAGUUGGAUAUCUGUAGCGUGGUAUCCUAUCUAUCGGAUACCUAUGGGUCCUACACUACAGAACCUGGAUGCCUGCUUUCUGACCUUUCAUUCUCUGUCAACGCCCUUCCAGAGUACAAGCACUAAUGGGAUGCACUUUCCGAGCAUUAGGGAGGUUCCAGGCAGGGAAGUGUCCUUCAACUUGCGUCUGCGAACCUUUGGACUUGCUUCAUAUAAGUUCAGAGGUUCUUUUUGGAACCCUAGUGGAGCUAGUGAAAGUCAGAAAGCCAACUCUCUGUUGCGAGCUGCUGACAAAUGGCUUAUGCUUUUGCAAGUAAAUCAUCCUGACUACAUGUUCUUUGUGUCCCAUAACUCAUACCGGAAGUGAGAGGUUAAUACGAGAUUGUCGAGCAUGUCAUGGUUUCUUCCUUAGAAGUGUCAAGAAGUCAGCAAACUGAGACCUGAAAGAAUACCGAUACUCCACCACACCCUGGCGAAUGUCCUGUAUGAUUUAGAAUGUAGGACUCCUGCUCAAGUGUUAUUAGCUUUACAUUAUAUGCAUUUGCCUUGCAAGAAUUUCAGUCUCAUGAUUCCUCUAAUUGUGGUUCUCAUGAGAAGUUAGGCAGAAGAAUUAACUGUUUAAUGAUGAAUGUCAUCGGUGAGACUUGGAAUUAUGAGUUGGGCAAAAUUGCUGCUUGAAGAAAGAUCAUGUUGGUGUGUGUUUUUUUGUUGCCUGGAUAGUCUGAUUGAGGUCCGGCAUGAAUAUAAGUUGGGGAAUAAGGUGGUGUGGAAGAUGAUGAAAAGUUAUGCUGUUUGUAUAUAGCUGUGUACUGACAUUUUGUUCUAACAGUUUGGAGCAUUAUUAUACGCCCAUCAUGUUUUGUAGAAACCGUUUGCUUCACUUGUUUUAAUGGUGUAAUUGUAACCAUUUGCCAGGUGAAAAUUCUCUCUUGUUUUU